AUGUCGGUGAUACCGGGCGGCCUUCGAAAACUGUGCUUGUUGGGCAUGGUUUUGGAAGUGCGAUCUCAUCCGAGGUCUUACAACGCGACUCAUCUGAACGGGCUGGAGUUCCUUGAGGCGGCUGGCGUCCGGAUCGCUGCCCACCAGAAACCGGAUAAAUGGAGGCAACUCGAUACGAGGGCAUUCAAGGCCAUCAGCUUGCCCCGAACGGGGCAUGGCAUCAACUUCCACACGACUGCUGCCAAGUCAUUUGAGAAGAUGACCAGCUUUCUGGCAUCCAGUGGUCUUUGA